CUUCUUUUCAAUGCGUCUCUUGCUCCUGCGCACUCCUCAUCUUGCUCUCCGCGCCACAGCCCGCACCAUGACCACCAAGCGCAGCCGCCCCGCCCCCGUCCUCCGCGUCAAGAAGAUGACGCCUGAGGCCAUCUUGCCCACGCGCGGCUCGAGCCUCGCAGCAGGUUUGGACCUCUCGGCCGCCUACGACGCCGUCGUCCCAGCAGGCGGUAAGGGUCUGGUCAAGACGGACCUUAUCAUCGCCGUUCCCGACGGCUGCUAUGCACGCGUGGCACCUCGCUCAGGUCUCGCAUGGAAGAAGUUCAUCGACACGGGCGCUGGUGUCAUUGACGCUGAUUACCGCGGCAACGUGGGCGUAAUUCUGUUCAACCAUUCGAACGAGGAUUUCCCAGUCAAGCGCGGGGACCGUGUGGCUCAGCUCAUCCUCGAAAAGAUCGAGUACCCGGAGGUCCAGGAGGUGGAGGAGAUCGAGGAGACUGCUCGUGGCGCCGGCGGCUUUGGUAGCACGGGCGUGGACGUGCCGAUCACAAAGAAACAGCACGUGGUGAGCAACGGAACCGCGGAGGAUGAAGAAGAUGGCGAGUUCGACUCGAUAUUCAAGGCGAUCGAAAUGCUGUCAGAAAAGAAGGUGGUGGACGACAAGGCUCGUGCCGAGUUGAAAAAGAAGCUGUUCACGGCCUCUGAGCGACAGUUCAAGCUGCUCAGCACGGCCCUGGACAACUACAUCGAAGACGACAACAGCGCCAAGGUGCUGGAAUGGAUCAAUGCCUUCCUUGAGUCCAACUAAUAGGUCCUAGUAGCGGCAUCUAGGUCUUCUAGAUAACAUCACAGUCGUGUGCGCUGCAAUUUGAUAGAAUACAUAGAUUCUCACGAAACAUAUUGCUUGCUGCGAACAUAGCGAGGAAUUUAUUUCAGGUCAGAAACGAUUUUGGUCACGCCCUUUGGUCACGUGGACAAUAGCCCUACGUAGGUGAUUGUAGGACAUUUGCGGGUCCUUCUUGUACUAGCAGUCCACAUCCUUUCCUAACAAGAUAUACAAUAGUAAUUACCAACAACACUCUUCCUCUUUCUACCAUGUAAAC